UGUGUUGAAAGUUAUGGCCCUUUAGUUGUGGAUAAAUGUACAUUACUAUUCAGAUCUUUAGUCGGAAAAGUUUCAUAGAGAAUAGACAACACACAGAAGAGAAUUAGUUUUUUAGUUUAGGGGCAGGAUGAAUCCUUUAAUUUUCAUUGGUUUAUUUUUAGCUGUGUCUGUAUCUGGUGAGUACUGCACCUACCACCCCACCUUCAGCACGAGUAUCACUGAGUACUGCUACUGGGGCUGUUGUUAUUCAUACAUCUACCCGUGCUGUGACACGCCUUACUAUGCCGACACGCCCUUUAUAGCCGGCAUGACGGUGGGCGCCGUAUGUCUAUUGGUGGGGAUAAUCGGAGCAUGCGUCAGGAGCCGGAGACGUGUUCAGACGACCGUUCAGUACACGGCACCUGGCAACCAGCAAGUCUUCUCAACCACCAUGGCAUCGCAGGUGAAUUCAGGUGUUGCUAACACAGGCUACGUGAACCCAUCCGCUGUCAACACAGGCUACGGGAACACAUCCGCUGUCAACACAGGCUACGGGAACACAUCCGCUGUCAACACAGGCUACAUGGGCCCACCCGCCUACAGCACAAACUACUCUACUGCUUUCUCCAACAGUGGCUACACCCACACAGCCUAACAGCCCCAGCAUAAGAGCCUACACGCUCAAUUCAAGACAACAUAUAAGAAUGUACACAAUCUUGUAAAGACAACAUUUACCAGUUUUAAAUACUAAAGAACAAAACGAAUAAAUAAAAUAUUACAUAAAUGUGACAAAACAUUAAAUACUCCGUAAUUUUGUUUUCUUUUUUCUUUUAUUUUUAUUUUCUUUUUUA